UCAAGUAGCCCAGCUCGGGUCCUCAUCCCGGCCUCAGAAUCCAGGGACCGUUCCCGCUGGUUCAGGGAGGACCCUUCCUGUGGGGAGACUUGCCUGUGCCCCCACAUCUCCCACUCUAUUUUCCUCUCUGUUUCCCCUCCCCUCCCAGUGGAGCCCACAGUGACCAUCUCCCCGGCCAAGACAGAGGCCCUAACCCACCACAACAUGCUGGUCUGCUCGGUGACGGAUUUCUAUCCAGCCCACAUCAAAGUCCGAUGGUUCCGGAACGACCAGGAGGAGACAGCCGGUGUCGUGUCCACCCCCGUGAUUAGGAAUGGGGACUGGACCUACCAGAUCCUGGUGAUGCUGGAAAUGACCCCCCAGCGAGGAGACAUCUACACCUGCCGCGUGGAGCACCCCAGCCUGCAGAGCCCCAUCGCAGUGGAGUGGCGGGCACAGUCUGGAUCCGCCCAGAGCAAGAUGCUGAGCGGCAUCGGGGGCUUCGUGCUGGGGCUGAUCUUCCUGGGCCUGGGCCUUGUCAUCCGUCACAGGAAACAGAAGGGGCUCCUGCGCUGACUCCUGAGCGUACUUUGACUGGGAUCGGCUGUGUUUCCUCUGAAAUGCCUGCUUAUUGUCCUUGCCCAGAUUUCCCAGCUGCCUGUGAGCCUGCUCCCUCUGAGAUCAGAGCUGGCCAGUCAUCUCCUGUGCUCCCCCUGCCCCCCACCCUCGAGGCCAUGGCUGUGACCUUGGAGUCUGUCCUGUGGGCUGCCAGCUAAGUCUAAAAAUGCCAAGGCCCCCAAGGCAUUUUUCUUUUGUUCUCUCCCUCCCCCCAUCCCCCUCUGUCCAAGAGAAGUACAUUAAAGCCUUUACCUGACUCCAGAGCUUUUAUCAUAAUUAAACAUGUUAUCUGUA